AUGGAACCAACACCAACUCUCCAAACUCGCCUCGACCAAAUCCAAUCCUUCAACCUCUCAGCUUCCAUAAAAGCCCUCGCUGAACUCACCCCAAACCUCACCUCCUCCAUCACACCCACCGGCGACCGUCUCAUCUCCCACUUCGCAUACCCAGGCACAGCCAAUCUCGAUCUCCUCGCCAAGUUCUUCCUGAAAAGCGGUAAAAAUUGCGCAAGGGAAAAUGCAAGUCUGGAAACUCGUCUGCUGCAUCACUCGAUGGACCCGAUCUUCUACGUUCUCUACUGCGGGACGGAAAAUGCGUUCCGAGAGUCGGGUAUUGAGGGAAAUUACUCCACCGAGCUCGGGGGUUGCUGCGCGCAUUGCAGUGGUGAGCCGGCGGCUGUGAUUCCGGACCAGAUGGCGGAUGGGGAGGCGCUGUUUUUCGAAGAGGAGCAUUAUAAUCGACUUUGGGGGGAUCAGGAGUCUCUCGGGAUGAGGGUUUCCUGGCCAAAUGGGGUGAGGGGGGAGACGUGGUUGAGAGCGUCGAGGGAGCAGGUUGAAGAUGCUAUUGCGAGAAAUGCGGAGGGGAGUGCUGCUUCUCAGGCUAUGCUGUAG